UCAUGCGAUGGCCAGUUGGAAUAAAUCUGUCAACCGAACGGGCGUUUCCUUUAGACACCAAUCCCAAAUUUAACAUUGGCGACGAGGAUGGGAUAGUUAUUUUUGCGGGGAAGAUGGCUAAAACCGUAGGAAAAGUCGCGUGCUUCGAUAUGGAUGGUGGAAAUUGGCAAACUUAUUGUGAUCGGUUGGAUAUGUACUUUUUGGUGAACAAGGUGGAAGAUGCCAUGAAGCUGCCGACGCUGAUAAGCUGCAUAGGGGACACCGCGUAUGAGCUGAUGGUCAACCUGUGCAGCCCGAAGAAACCGUGUGAUUGCAAGUACGACGAAGUUAUUAAAGUAAUGGCUAAUUAUUUACAACCGAAACCGUCGGUAGUCGCCGAAAGAUUCAAAUUUCGUCAAUGUCGGUAAAGUAACGGACAAACAGUGGCAAAUUUUAUGGCAGAAUUGAAGAAAGCAUCGAAGUAUUGUGAUUUUGGUGCUAAUCUAGACGAUAAUAUGAGAGACCAAUUUGUUUGUGGCGUAAGUAGUGAUUUUGUUAGACAACGAUUAUUUGCAGAGGAAAAACUGACUUAUAGUAAGGCGGUUACGAUUGCUACUACGCUGGAAGCGGCCGAGCGGGAUUCACAUGCAAUCGGAGAUAAGGAUAAUAAUAGCGAGCAAAAUAAUGUAAAAACAGUGCAUAAGAUUCAACCGGUCAGUGCGGGUCGUGGUGUAUGCGAGUCGUGCGGCGACCCUCAUCAUCGACAAACGGAGUGCAAGUUUAGUCAAUACGUGUGUGACGUGUGUAAAAUUAAGGGGCAUUUGCGUAGGAUGUGCCCACAAGUCAUGCGUGGGAGCAGUUACGGAAGCCCUUUUGGGGCUAAUCGGCGUGGCAAUGGAGGCCGCGGACCGGCCAACCGCGGGCGGUCAUGGCGCGGAGGCUGGAGCGGCAGAGGUGGUGGUGCCAGGUCCGGCUUGCACUGGGUGCAAGGUCAGGACGCGGAGGCGGACCAGGAAGGUUUCAUGGAGGGCGAGCGUGGCAGGGACGGCGAAGCGGUUAUGAAUUUGAUGUCGUUGAACCAGUACAAGCCGGCAUAAGCCGUUAUUCGAGGAGGCGUUGGGCCGGUACACCGGAGGCAAGGCGUCGCUGUGUGUGCGCGAGGGGGCUCAGCCGAUAUUCUGCCGCGCGCGGCCCCUGCCGUACGCGCUGCGCGCGCGCCUCGACGCCGAGCUGGACGCCAUGCUGGCGGCUGGCGUCAUCGAGCCCGUCGACCACUCCGACUGGGCCACUCCUCUUGUCAUUGCCAGGAAAGCGGACGGCGGUAUAAGGGUAUGCGCUGAUUAUAAGAUUACCUUGAAUAAAGCGUUAUUGGUCGAUAGGUACCCGGUUCCAAAAAUUGAGGACUUGUUUACAAAUUUAAGCAACAACACAUAUUUUACGAAGUUAGAUUUAUCGCAUGCCUAUAAUCAGUAUGAAUUAGACGAAGCGUCAAAGUGUUAUACGGUGAUAAAUACGCACCGCGGAUUAUUUAAAUAUAAUCGAUUAGUGUACGGGCUCUCGUCCAGCCCAGGGAUUUUCCAAAAAAUGAUGCAAUCUGUUCUGCAGGGAAUCCCGAACGUACUUAAUUCCUUAGAUGAUAUAUUAAUUACAGGGUCGGACUUAGACGCGCAUAUAAAAACAAUAAAUGAGGUAUUUAGUAGAUUGGAAAAUUGUGGGUUAAAAUUAAAAAAAAGUAAAUGCGUAUUCCUAGCGGACAAAGUUACUUUUCUGGGAUUCAAGGUCGAUAAGCAGGGCGUGAGUGUAGA